AUGGCCCCUUCAGAAGCAUACAUUUUGAGCAGUUUCCUUUUGUCUCCCGGUCCUCUACCAACGGUCAUCUCAUUGCAACAGUUUACGGAACUGUUCCCUAAAAAACUGCGCUCUCACCCGCAUGUCAAAACUCUUUAUCGAGAACUGCAGGAGAUCCGAGACCAGGAUCUGAACGUAGUCAACGGGAAUAUUGACCAAGAAACCAAGGAUGGCGAAAAGCAAAAAGAAGAACUUCGAAAGGCCAUCAUGAAGUCCGGCAUCAUGGACAUAAAUGAUCAUGAUCGACGAGAAAUGGAUAUGGACGUUCAGCUGUUCGGACAGAAGACAGAUGUCGUGUCUUCUGAGGAAUAUCAUUCUGUGUCGAGUCUGUUAUCGGAAAUGGAAUUGGCAUGUACGAACAUUGAGCAUGACAUAUUUAGGAUUGAUCAGGAUGCAACUGUGAUUAUGUCCGAAAUUGACACGACUGUGGGUGAUUUGAGUGACCUGCGAUACGGCAAAAUGCAAGGCCCUGGCGGUGCAGGCGAUGUUGUGGACCAGGCAAUGCAGGGCCUUGCCAAUCUAGAAGAUGCUUGUUAUCGUGCGGCAAUCGACCAUCGAAUUAAAAUGCCAUCCAUUCCCCUUUAUCCGCGUGCAAUCUCUUCUUCAAACCCACAUGACAAUCCCCUCCCAAACCUCCUCCAAACGCCUUCCGGCCUCGCCCUCCUCGAACUCCAGGGCACAAUCAACUUGCCCCCAACGGGGGAACGGCAACUAGAUGAGCAACAGUCGCAGGAUCAGUAUUUAGUCGACAAUGAUACUGCCCCUACCGCUACAGGAGCCACCUACGAAACCCCCCUCGGUAAACUGAUGUUCCCGGAUUACGCCCCGCAAACUACAAACAAAGACGAUACCAGCUGGAUGAAAAGGGUCUAUCUGUACGUUGGUCGGUAUCAAAGGAUGACGGGGGAGGUGAAGAAGUUACCGCAGCCGAUUGCGAUUGUGCAGCGGCGAGGUGAAACGGAUGAGUUGGAGAUUCGGGAGAUUGUGAAAUUUAAGAUGAUCUUCAAGAGUCGUCCGGAGCCGGUGAAUAAUAGUUGA